UGUUUGUACAUUUUAAUAUGUAUUUUAGACAAAAUCAUCAUAUUAACAUAUACAAUAAAAAAAAUUGCCAUUAAAAUAUGAAGUUCACAGAGCAAGCCGUCUGUCGCCAAAAAAAAGUUUUAGAACGUAAAGAAUUGAAAUAAUUUUUAUUUCACUUUACUGCGAAUACAUCAAAUUUUGCUCUUAUUUUCAACAAGCAAAGCCCAUUUGGACAGUCAAAUAUCUCCUUUAAUGACUUUGGAAAGCAAAAAUACCUAUGCUGUACAUUUUAAAUCGAUUAUUUAUUGUAGUUGUGUUUUUUAGCAGCACAAAGGCCUAAACACUGAUAGGUCCGCCAUUUUGGAUGUCGAAAUUGAUCUGCAGGGCACAUGGUCCUAAUUCUCAAAUUUUUGCACGCUUGUAAACUGCACACUUGAACCCUUGUUCACUUUAAGUAAACACUUCAUAGAGGGGCGGAAGGUUGAAUACGCCCCGGGGACCGGGGCGUAUUCAACUCUCCAGGUCGGCCCCUAUAGGAUGCUUGCCGCCGGACGGUUCUCAGUGUAACGCUAAAAGAACUCGACCGUCUUCCGGUGUAAACAUAAGGCUGCAGUUGGAAUAAAUUCGCCGAAAACUUCAAAAUAGCGACCCUUUAAAAAGCCUAAAAUUUUUAACAGUAUAUUUACGCACUAGGUUUGUUGAUUGUUGUUCUAGACGCUGAGUGCAUGAAGUAAUGGAAGGGCCACCGCAGCUACCACCUGAACUUUGGGUUUAUGUGUUUAGCUAUCUUAGCACAGAAGAAAAACACACGGUUCGCUCCUGCUGCAGGCACUUAAAGAAGCUUAUCGACCACCCAUCCCUAUGGAAGGACUACACUGUGGUGAUGUCCGAACUUCGCCGCUACACUUACGGCUUCUGGCACACAUUGAAUUACCGCAAGCUCACCCGGGUGGCUGUGCGACAUCUGCGGCGAAAAGAGUGGCGACGUCUGGUAAAGUUCCUCCCGUCGCUCACGGCCAUAGUAUUUGUAGAUGGCGGGCGACAAUAUAAAGAGAAAUACAUGGACAACCUUGCCCGAUUUCCCAACCUACGUGACCUCGGGGUACGGAACGCUACUUGGGAUGAAGCGUUGCUUGGCCACAGCCUAACGGAGCACCUUCAGGAGCGCCUUACACACCUGAGCGUGUGCAACGUACGGCUGCCCAACACUGUGGAGUUCAUAAAAACUGUGUCCCAGCUGGUCAACCUGCGCUUCCUCCUUUUCCACCAGCAGAGUGAGGGUUAUGGGCUGGACACGGUGAGGCCUGUUCCCCGCAACGACUUCCACGCCAUGUUGCUGAAGCUGAAGAAGCUGAUCCACCUUUCCUGGGGGAUGAAGGGGGAGCCACCAGAACCGCUUCCUGACGACUACUUGAGUCCACCGAAUCCAGAACAGCCAGGAAUGUCUUCGUAUGGUGGCCCGGCACUGACCAGCCUGGAGCUUGUGGACUACCCAGAGACUAUCCUCCCUGAAAAUGCUCUGAGGAGUCUGACCUCACUGCGGUCUCUUGCUGUCCGCUACAGGUACAUCAGAGAAGGGAUUGAGUGUCGACUCAGGUCCUGGCUGAUCCCUCUGCGACAGUUGGAGUCACUCACCAUCAUUGGUGGCAACUCCCUUGCUACAUACACAACCACCAUCCCACCCAGUGUGACCAGGCUGACACUGCGAGUAGCCAUAACUCUGAAAGACAUGGACUCCAUUGCUCCUAAAGUUCCAGGACUGGAGCACCUGGACAUUGAGCAGAACCGUUCUAGUGGAAGCCUGUGCAGACGGAUCCCCAUGCUAUUUCCUCAUCUCAAGACUCUUAGGAUACGAUUUUUCCGCCGGGAGCCAGAGAAAGAUCUCCUUAGUCUCCACAAACUACGACACCUGGUGCAGCUGGAACUCCUGGUUGAGCGCUCCUUCAUUCUGAGGGAUUACCUGAACGGCCACCCGUGGCCCAGCCCCUGUGUGCAGGAGCUCAUCAAUGAGCUUCGGGAUCUGUCAGAGAACAGGAUCACAGUCAUCACCACAAUGCGCCAGAGAAACCUUCUAAGAGAGUGUGACUGUUUGUGGGAGGGGGACUGAUCUGCUUUACAUAGGGCAAGACAAAAAGGUACACGGUUCAUAAGUGCAAUGCUCAAAGACAGUCAAAAAAAGUUCAGAGGUUAAAGCUGCAGUGUUUGCCAAUUUUCCUAAAAUGAAACAUUUGGAUUCUGUAUGUACGCAUUUCUUAAUAAAUUGACAUUCAUAUCAA